AUGAACACCAUACGCCAGCGCCCACUGCGCCCGCUGUCGUCGGCCACGGACCUCACUGACUACACGGACAUUACUCACUCCACCCUCGAGGCUGAUGUAGGUGGCGACCGCGAUCAAGGCCAACGCGUAGCUGACCCCAUUCCCACACAGUCGGAUCCUCAAUCGGACGAGGCGGACUUUGAAUCCGUAUCCGUUCCCCAACGAUGCGGUAUGCCCCUCACCGUCGCGAACCACCCAUUCGUCCAAGAACUGACAUGCGACCGCCAGCAAGAAAACGAACGCUUGAACAUGCAGCACACCAUCCUACGCGUGCUGCUGCAGAAUAAAAACUGGUUUGCCCCGCUCAAGCGUCCGAAGCGCAUGCUGGACAUUGGCUGCGGCACGGGAAUAUGGUGUCUGGAAAUGGCCAACGUCGACUUCUUCAUCGACGACAUCCGCCGCAAAGAAUGGUGGCACUGCACCCAACCCUACGACUACAUCCACACGCGCAUGUCCAUGGGCAUCUUCCGCGACUUUCGCGAAAUCAUCCAAAAAGGCUUCAACAACCUCGAGCCCGGCGGCUUCAUGGAGUCGCACGAACUCUACCCAAAACUCUACUGCACCGACGGCACCAUGCCUGCCGACUGGGAGUUGCUCGAGUGGACGAGACUCGAGGAUAAGGCGGCCAUGCAGCUCGGCACGCCGCUGCGCAUCGCGAACAAACUCAAGACGUGGUACGAACAAGCGGGCUUUGUGGACGUGUAUGAGGAAGUCUUUCACAUCCCCGUCAACGCCUGGGCCAAGGACCCGCGCGACAAACUCAUCGGCAAAUUCAUGAUGUGGAACAUGUGCGAGGGCGUGCACGCGUGGUCUAUCGAGUACUUUGUCAAAGCGCUCGGCUGGACAGAGGUCGAGGUUGAGGUCUACCUUGCGCACCUCAGGACCGCCAUUGUGGAUAAGAGCGUGCAUGCGUUUUACAAGGUCUAUGUCGUGCAUGGACGCAAGCCCAGGGCGGGUGAGGAGCGCAGUAGGGUUGUGAAGCCUGCGCAUUGGCCGACGGAGCCGGGGAGUGAUGACGAGGGGGACGACGACGAUGAUGCUGUUUUCGCAUAG